AUGUUGUGGGCGGUCAGACAACUGCUGGACUAUACACCAGUCUCACCAGACGACACUUCGCUCUUAUCCGCGACUGACGAAGACGGGCGACAGCCUCUUCACUUUGCGUGUUUGAGAGGACACAGAGAUGUUGCGGACCUGCUUUUGCAGCGUGGAGCAGACAUUGACGCCAGAGGGAAUGAUAGAGCCACUCCUAUUGAUGAUGCGUGCUUUAAAGGCCACAAGGAUGUUGUCGAGCUCCUUAUAUCCCGUGGGGCCAACACUCAAAUGGUGGAUAAGAAUCUGUGGUCACCACUCCGAACCGCAGUCAGAUACGAGAACCUGGACAUUGUUGAAAUGCUC